CCAAAACUUUGGGAUGGGAGCGAGGAGCCGGCGGGAAAGGUGCUAUAAAUACACAUUUUGCUGUUGGCUUUUCGCAGAUAUGAGGAUGAGUGCUGUACGUAUCAUGCUAAAAUAACUUUGCUUUUAUUUCUGCUAUUAACAAAAACUUGGACACGGCAGUGGGGGUGGCUGAUGUGGUUGUGAGGGAACUGUUUGGUCGGGAUAACAUCCAGCGAAGGCGUGAUGUGGAUCCUGCUGCUGAUAUGCCAGCUAUCAGCAUCUGCCGUCUGAUGGGAGCGGGGACCGAGGCCCAGAGUGGGAGUGAUGAAGAGGAACCAAAAGCACAGCCAAGGGACACGCACGCUCUGAAAAGGCGGGCCCGAGGAGGGGCCGUGUAAAACGCUUCCCGGGAUAUGGAAACUGGUUUAUGGAUAUGCAUCCAUGAAGAUGCAAAGGACUGAGGAGAGCGAACGUGUUUUUCACAAAGGGAAGCCGGGAAGCGCAACGAGGUGCACGCUACAGGAAGCCGCGGCCUCCGGUGAUAAAUAGGAAAGCCGGGAGCACAGGAUGUGUUUCGGGAGAGCUCGGCGGGACAGCGGGAUGUGACCGCCGGCGGUGACUCCGCUGGUCAUUUGUCCAUUUGUCCGGCGGGAUGGCCACGCUCCGGCCGCUCCUGCUGCUGCUGCUGGCCUGGCGCUGCGGAGGGGACGACGUGGAGGUGCUGUGUGCCGACAGCGCCUGCUACACCCUGCACCGGGAUGAGAGCAACUGGAAAAGCGCCCAGGAGCGCUGCGAGGACAACGGGGGCAACCUGGCUCCGGUGGGCAGCGCCGGCGAGGCCGCCCGGCUGCGGGAGCUGCUGGCCAGCGCCGCCUGGCCCGGCCCGGCCUGGCUCGGGCUCGCCCUGCCCAGGGGUCACUGCGUGCGGCCGCAGGAGCCCCUGCGAGGCUUCUCCUGGGUGGCCGGAGGCGAGCCGGGCAACUUCUCGGAGUGGGCAUCCGAGCCGGCCGUCACCUGCGUGAGCGCCCGCUGUGUCGCCCUGCGGCCACCCGGCCCGCACGGCCCCGGCGGCUGGGCCGACCGCGCCUGCCGGAGCACGCUCCCGGCUUUCCUCUGCAAGUUCAGCUUCCAGGGAAUGUGCGGGCUCCUGCCGCUGGCCGGCCGCGGCACGGUCACCUACGCCACCCCGUUCGGGGUGCGCAGCGCCCGCCUGGCCGCCGCUCCCUUCGGCACGCUGGCCGAGGUGGAGUGCGACAGCGGCCGGGCCUCGGCCUUCGCCGUCUGCAAGGGGCCGCUGGCCGGGGGUGGCUUCGCCUGGCACCCGCCGGGUCCCCUGUGCCCGGUGGACUGCGGCCACCACAACGGGGGCUGCCAGCAGCGCUGCCUGGAUGCGCCCGGCGAGUCCCCGCGCUGCGCCUGCCACCCCGGCUACGUGCUGGCCGCCGACAUGGCCUCCUGCGUUCCCGAGGAUUUCUGCCAUCCCAAUCCCUGCCAGGGAUCCUGCCGGGCGCUGCCCGGCGGCUUCGAGUGCGGCUGCGAGCCUGGCUACGCGCUGGCAGCCGACGGGCGCGGAUGCUGGGAUGUGGAUGAGUGCGAGUCGGGGCCGUGCCAGCACCAGUGCCACAACACUCCCGGCGGCUUCCAGUGCCUCUGCCGGCCCGGCUACCGCCCCGCGGGGCCCGCUGGCCACCACUGCCACGACGUGGAUGAGUGCGCCCAGCCCCACGCGUGCCCGCAGCUCUGCAUCAACAUUCCCGGCUCCUUUCGCUGCGCCUGCCGGCCCGGCUUCCAGCGGCAGCCGGGAGGAGAGUCCUGCCUGGAUGUGGAUGAAUGCCUGCGGGAUCUGUGUCCCGGCGCCUGCCGCAACUUUCCCGGCGGCUACGAGUGCCUGUGCCCGCCCGGCUCCCUCCGGGACGCGGAUGGGCACGGCUGCAGCCCCGGAGAGGCGAUCCCAAACAGUAUCCCAGAGAGCUCGAGCAUCCCGCAGAGCUCCAGCAGCAUCCCACAGAACUCCAGCAGCACCCCACAGAGCUCCACCGUCAUCCCACAGAGCUCCGGCAUCCCACAGAGCUCCGACAUCCCAAAGAGCUCCGGCAUCCCAGGCACCACGCGCAUCCCAUGGACCACGAGCAUCCCGCGUACUCUGGGAAUGCCCACCGCGGGAUUAGGGGCCGGCUCGGACGACGGCCCGCGGCUGCUGCUCUAUUACAUCGUGGGCAGCCUGGUGGCCAUCCUGCUCCUGCUGGCGUUCGCCCUGGCGCUCGUGGCUUGCAGGAAAAGGGCGGCCAAGAGGGAGAAGCCGCCGGCCAAAAACGCGGCCGAUAAUUAUUGCUGGGUGCCCGAGCAGCCCGAGAGCCGCGGGGAGCGCAGGUAGGAGAGGGUUAAAAAUCCCGAUAAAAGGGUGGGAGGGAAUGCUUUGUGCCCAAAGUGAGCUCCUCUGGCUGUUCCAGUGGGAUUUGCAGUCCUGCUGCUCCAAGGGUUAACGACAGGGGAGAGGGGAUGGGGUGGAAUUUGUCUCCUCAGCUCGGCUCCAAAAGGCAAAUUCGGAAUUAUUGGAUCGUGUUCCUAAAGGGAAACUGCUCACUUGGAAUUCUCCUGCAGCCCCUUGUGCACCACCCCCUCUGGGUUUGUCUUGUUCUCCUGGAAAAGGGUUUGAAGUUGUAAUGGAAAAGGGCUUGAAAUUUGGGAUGGAAAAGGGUUUGAAAUUGGGAUGUGCCUCAGCAGAGCUCGAACAGGCCCCUGCAGGCACAGCCAGGGUGGGGUUUAAGGGUUACUUUUGGGGUUUAAUUAAAAAUCUGUCACCUGAAACCAGGGGAAACUGCUCAUCAUGGAGCCAAGGAAUGGCAUAAAGGUAGGAAAAGCUAUGUUUGGAAUAACCACCUCCUCAUUUCCUGAGUAUCCUGCCUAAAUACACUUCUAAACAGAGAAAACAAUGCUCUCCUUCCCAUCAGCCACAUGAGAGUCUGGGCUUUUCCUGUUGGAUCAUUUGUUUUGGGAAGGAUCCUUCCCAGCUCCAGGCUGAGCAUGUUUGCCCUCUUUCCCUGUGUAAGGAACACGCUGGAAUUGGAAUAUUUGCUGAUUAUUCUGAGUAAAACUCGUAACUCCUGAAAAACUCUCCAGGCCAAGUUGCUCCCCAGGUACUUCCCAAAACUCCUUGAGCCUUUUCCAGCCCUUCCAGUGGGAAUUCUCCCCAAAAUUCUGAGGGGCACACCCAGCAGCACCUCCUCCAUGGUUUAUCCAUGCUAUGAAGGGCUGGAAAAGAUCAGCCACAGGAUUUGAAGGGUCCAGCAGCUUCCUGAAGUUUCUGUUGGAGUUAUUUUGUCCCUGGAGCUGAAUUGCUCCAGGAAUGGGAAUGGAACACAAAGGAGUUUGUGGUGGGCAGGGAGCUGCAUCCUGUCAUUCCGUGUGCUGAGGAAAGCCCUUUCCUGCUUUUUUCUUGUCUUGGGGCUCCAUUGUGAGCUGCAAACAGGAAAAUGGAGCUGAUAGGAAUGUUUUCUGUGUGGUGCCUGUAUUGGGAGAAAGGGAGGGAAUGCAGCAGCGGGAUUCUUGGAAAUCCUGCCAAAAAUUCCCAAACCCAAGCCAGCAGAGCAUUGGAAAUAGCUGUAUCAAUGGAGGAAAUCCCAUGUAAUUAUGCUGGAUUGGGAUCUGUGGGAAGUGACAGCCUUGAGGUUUUUUUUUUGGGAUAUAAGGCUAUAAAAAUGGAAAAGGAAGAGUGAGGGUAGAAGAAGAACUGGGAAAAACCUGAGGUGUGCUGUUUAUAAAAAAUAAAAAUCCCAAUUUCUGUUGCAACCUCUGUGUAUUCCACUGGGGAAUGAUGGUGGAUCUAGGAGAAGACAGGAAUUUGUACCAAGGUUUAGGUUGGAUUCUCCCUAAUGGAAUAUUUCCUGCUGUAGCAUCCUCCCUCCUGGUGCAAUUCCACCUGGAUCCAGCCUCAUGUCUCUCAUUUUUCCUGCCACAUCUUGAUCCAUGGCCUCCUUAGGGAGUUGUCCAGGGACUGGUGAAUCCCACAAGUUGGAGCAGGAUAAUUUGGUGCUCUGUCUUCCACAGGAGAUGGGAUGUUCAUCCUGCUCCUUGGAGAUUUUUGUCAUGGAUGAGUGCUUUGCUUUCUCAGAAUGAAACUCUUGGAUUUGCAGGAUAAAGUUAUCCCAACACCUUUCUCCGAUGAAAUUCCAUGAAAACCUGAACAAAAAUGUGUUUGCAGUGGGUUUUAAUAAAAAUAUUCCUAAAAA